AUGGCAUCCUCAUUGAAAUUUUCUUGCAUGUCGGCAGCUGUGGUUUUCCUGCUUGUGACAUCCUUCUUCGUAGAUAUGGUUCAAUCGGUGAACUGCUACAAGUGCGACACCGACUCAUCUGUGUGCUUCAACUUCUGCACUGGCGACUACUGUGUAAAGACUCAGUACAUGGAAGCUGGAAAAUCAGUCGUGUCGAAGUAUUGCGGUAGUGGGUCCGACUCCAUGGGCUGUGUUGGUAGCCAGAUACUAGGGUUCGGUGGCUACAUUUGCAAUUGCAACUCAUUUUUGUGCAACGACUCCAAGCGCUCGUCUGUCUCCGCCAUGCUGGCAGUUCUAGUGCUCAUCUUGGCCCUGGUCAUCAACAUGGUGCUGUAG